CUUUUGGUUGUUUGUUCCAAAGUUUAAGAUUUUUGGUUCUUGGGUCUCGCUUUCUUCUCAAUUUUUAUGCGUCUUCAGAUGAACUUGCUUUUCUCCAAGGUUCUUCUGGGUUGUUACACAAAUGGGUUUUGCAAUCUCAUUUCUGGUUUUGCAUCGUCACAACUCUUAAGAGGCUUCAGUGAGACUUCAAAGAAUGGAUUUUCUGCAAUGUCGGCUGAUAAUUUAAGGAGCCUAGCUAAGAGUGAUUCCCUGAGGAAUUACCAUGUUGUAGUGGCUGCAACUCGUGAAAUGGGGAUUGGAAAAGAUGGCAAGUUACCAUGGAGUUUACCUUCUGAUCUCAAAUUCUUCAAGGAACUUACAAAGACAACAUCAGAUCCUGAGAAGAAGAACGCUAUAGUAAUGGGUAGAAAAACCUGGGCGAGUCUUCCACUUGAGUGUAGACCUUUACCUGGUCGCCUAAAUGUUGUCCUGACUCGUUCCGUGUGUUCUGAUAUUACUAUUGGAGAAAAUGUUAUAACAUGUAGGUCCAUUCCAUCAGCUUUGCAAUUAUUAGCAGCGUUUCCUUAUCGUUUUUCAGUAGAGAAGGUGUUUCAUUGGAAGUUGCCAGAUAUUUAGGGAAACAACUAAUGCUCCAGAUUGUGAAGCCAUCCACAUUACUGAAAUUUAGACAAGCAUUAAAUGCGAUAUC